UUUAUUUUGGACAUUCCGGCGAGAACCACCUCUAAUGGCUUUAUCUCCGUCGUCUCCUCCAUGUCUCAGAUCUCUUUCGCCUUUUUCUCGCCGAAUUGGUGGCUUCCUUGUUCCACGCGUACAGUCUCUAGCCUUUGGUAGCGUACGGAGGCAUGAGCUGCGGAGGCCGAGCGCGCUCAGGGAAUGGCGGGAGUACGAAGAUGCUGUGAGGAGAAAAGAUCUCGCUGGGGCUCUGAGAUUCCUAAAAUCUAUCGAAAAUGAUGAAGAGCGUGAUGCGGUUGAAUCCAUUGUCGCGGCUCCGAGAACGGCUAAGUUAAGCGGUUUGGGAGGUCUUGAAUUGGAGAGGGAUUGGCAAGUUUUAGAUGCGUGUUUGAAUGCAGAUGAUAUGAGACUUGUUGGAAGUGCAUUUAGGUUUCUUAAGGAGAGAGGUCUAUUGGCAAACUUCGGCAAAUUCAGCAGUAUUGUUUUGGAGGGAACAAGAGAGGUAACACCUACUGUUCUGAAGUCUGCAACUGGCUUGGAAGUGACUAAACUUUCACCAAAGAAGUGGGGACUUUCUGGUGGCUCUAGCAUUGCUCUGGCUGCUUUUCUGGGUGGAGUCUCCUAUCUUCUUUCUCAGGAGAUUGAUGUGCGGCCAAACCUUGCUGUCAUUUUGGGUCUAGCUUAUAUGGAUUCUGUUUUUCUUGGCGGUACCUGUUUAGCCCAAGUAUCAUGCUACUGGCCUCCACAUAAGCGUAGAAUCGUAGUUCACGAAGCGGGUCAUCUUCUUGUUGCAUACCUCAUGGGCUGCCCAAUCCGUGGUGUGAUAUUGGAUCCGAUUGUUGCCAUGCAAAUGGGGGUUCAAGGCCAGGCUGGAACCCAAUUCUGGGAUCAAAAGAUGGAGAGUGAGAUUGCUGAGGGACGACUUAGCGGUAGCUCAUUUGAUAGGUAUAGCAUGGUACUAUUUGCUGGUAUUGCAGCUGAAGCGCUAAUUUAUGGUGAGGCUGAGGGUGGGGAGAAUGAUGAAAAUCUGUUCAGGAGCAUCUCAGUCCUUCUGGAACCACCGUUAUCCGUGGCUCAGAUGUCGAAUCAAGCCAGGUGGUCUGUUCUACAAUCUUACAAUCUACUCAAGUGGCACAAGGCGGCACAUAGGGCCGCUGUUGAAGCUCUCCAAGUGGGAAGUCCUCUUAGCAUUGUGAUUAGAAGGAUUGAGGAAGCUAUGUCUUCAAGCAGAUGACUGAAGUAUCAGCGUUUUCUGUAAUUUAUUACUAAUACGGGCAACCCAUAAAAACCUCAUUUGGAAUGUAUGGAGAUGGAAGCAGAUACGCUCUCGAUAUAUAAACCACUUGACUGCAACUGGAAUGGCGAGAAGGGACUUGUAUCUUUGGAUCCAUGUUCAAGUAAGGUAAGGUUUUUAUCCACUAAGGGAGAUGUUGAGGAGAUAGUAGCUCUCUUGCCUUAUUCAUCAUCUGUGUUUCAAGGUGUAAAGGAAUAAGAACCAAGCUUAUAAUAGCUUAAAGAAAAUGGUUGUAAAGUAGCAAUCACAUGAAAGCUGUAUAGUUGAAUUCCUGCGAAGUAAAGUUUUGGGUAUUAUAGUAGA